AUGCCUAGCCAUAGAUUGAAGGCUAAGCAUAUCAUCCCCAUCACUUUGAAGAUCUCGAAGAACAGAGAACCGUGCCCUCCCCAGUUCGACGAUAUUCGGCGCAGUCCAGCCAUUGCGAGGGUUCCCGGCGACAUACCGAAGCAGUUUUCUAGUGACAUGGCUAUAGACGUGACCACAGAGGACGACCAACCGCCAGAAAGGGCACACCCUGACGCACCUGUGCCUACUAUGGACGACAUCAACAACUGGAUACAACGCCUGUACGCACAUCACUCCAUGGGUGCGUGCUCCAGAGUUUUUCGCGCCAAGAUUAGCGACUACGUGGAGAGGAUAGUAAAACGGCACAGGUUUGCAACACUUGUUUCUGAAGAGAUACUGGGGAAGGGCGUCAAAGUUCCCAAAUCAAGCACUGCUUUAGAACCCAAAAGGGAGACCCAGAGCCACACAGUUGAUUCUGGCGAGACCAAAUCGGAAGGCCCGGGGGAUGCCGCAUACGCCAAGAAGAGCAACCCUGUUCCAGUGUUGCAUGGAGUGGAUUGCCCCAAACUAAAAGGGCCAGGUAACAGUACUGCGAAGAGUGAGGGUGACAAGAAGCAGAAUCGAUUGGAAAGGUUCAAGAAUGUAAAUGCGUACAACUUUAGGCCUCAGAAGGGUGUGGCGGUAGUAGGUGUAUGCGAGACCCUGGAGAAGCCCUAUUUGCGUCUGACUGCGGAGCCAAAUCCUGCAACUGUGAGACCUGAGCCCGUACUUAGGCGUGCUUUCAGACACGUCUUCGACACUUUCAUGAGAACUUCCAACUACCGUUAUAUAGAAGAGCAGUUUAGGUCUAUUCGUCAGGAUAUCCAGGUGCAGCACCUGCGAAGCCCUUUCGUGGUUAAACUCUACGCGACUAAUGCGCGAGUGGCUCUGGUACACGGUGACCUAGACCAGUUCAACCAGUGUCAAACCCAAUUGCGUCAUUUACAUCGUCGAGUAGAAGGGUUCCCACUCUAUCAGAAAGAAUUCGACUGUUAUUUUCUGCUCUACCUGGCGCUGCAGAACAUGCAGAUGGACGUGCUGCGCUACUUGCAAAGUUUGGAGAAUGAAGCAACAGUCACCAGUCCGCCUUUCUUUACCCCGCUUCUGUUCAAAAUGUUUGAACCGCGGUUCCGCAUGAACGCACUAGUUGCUAUGUCUAGCACAGCAAUGUCAUUAUCGCUUGGGACCAUAAAGGAAGCUCUACGCUUCAACACAAUGGGCGAAUGUGAGUCGUUCAUAAGAGCUGCUCUGGAGUUCGCGGGCGGCAAAGACAACAUCGCCGUGGUCUACUCUGUGUGCUACGCCGACGACAGCAAAAACAUCGUGUUAUCGCACAAGACAGAUUCUGAGAUAGAACGACUUCGGAGUACUUAUGGAGAUAUACAGACGACUCUUUUGGGUCUCCAUAAGGGCCCUGCAACAACGGGCUUUGAGGUUACUCAGAUGUCGUGGAAGUAUGAGAUUGAGUCGGUGACUAGGGAAAACACUUACGUGGACAGUGGUUAUUUCGUGGUGGAAGAGAGUGACGAGUACGUACAGGUAACUGGGUCGGUCAAAAGCGGCUCACCAGCGGCCUCUAAACACAAGGGUAGCACCCCGAGUUCGGACGGCAAAAACAUCACGCUACUAAAGAAACCCAAGAAUAACCUCAAUCAGAUCCGAGUAGCUAGACAGUAUGUGCUUGCUGCCGAUAACGCAACGGCAGUGUCCUAUGAGGGCACCGAUCCGCCGCAUGAGCCCAUAGUUGCUAUAGUUGGUCGAGCCAACGUUGGGAAGUCAUCGAUUUUUAAUCGCAUAUCGAAGAAGUUCCAUCGAGGCAGCAUCGUUUCCGAUGUCCCAGGAACAACUAGGGACCGUCAGUAUGCACUUGCUGAUUGGGAAGGGCGUAGCUUUCGGUUAAUCGAUACUGGAGGCCUUGAGGAUGAUAGCAUGUACGGCGAUUCAAUCAAAGCCCAAGUCGAAAGGUCACUAGAAGAUGCCCACGUGGCAAUCGUGGUGGUAGAUGGUCAAGUUGGCCUGACUGACGCGGAUAUGGAAGUGCGUGACUUCGUCAUCAAUGCUACCAAACGCAACAGUAGUCUCCGUAUUCUGUUGUGUGUCAAUAAGUGCGAGUCGUUUCAUUUCGGUGACGUACUUGCGGAGCAAUUUUGGCGCCUCGGACUCGGUCGUCCGUAUCCCGUGAGCGCUCUGCAUGGGACAGGACUUGCCGAACUGCUUGAUGAUUGCGUCUCGGACUUUGAUCAAUGCAGCAUAGAAGAUCACAAUGAUGUGGUGAUAUCAUUUAUUGGGAGGCCCAAUUGUGGCAAGUCCUCCUUGGUAAACUUGCUCACUGGAACCGACCGCUGCUUGGUAUCCCCAAGCGAGGGCACAACACUGGACACUGUAGAGAUACCCAUUGUUAGAGGAGAACAACGGUUUUUGCUUAUUGACACGGCAGGGAUGCGACUGCAGACAAAGGAUCGCCGUAGCUUUCUGCCUAAGGGACGUAGUUUGAGGGCGAUACGCAAAAGCGAUGUUUGUGUCCUCGUGGUUGACGCUAGCUGGGGUAUAUCACGCAACGAUGUGAAGAUGGCGGAGGAAAUUGGUUUGGAAAGUCGCGCAGCAGUCAUCGUUUGCAACAAGUGGGACCUCGUCGACAAGGAUCCCACGGUCUACAAGAACGCACUCAGCUACCUGAAGGAGAAGCUACACCCUGUGAACUAUGCUGAUGUUGUAUUCACCUCAGCGAAAUCGGGUCAACGUGUCACAAACAUUUUGGAAGCAUGUGCCAACGCACACGAUCAGUUCUCCAAAAACUUCUCUACAGCACUGUUGAAUGACAUUUUGCGCGAGGCCACAUUUCUCCAGAAGCCUCCGGUUACGCAUGGCAAACGCUUGAACAUCUACUACGCCUGUCAGGUCCAUAACAAACCUCCGGGUAUUGCUCUGUUCUGCAAUGACGAACAGCUUUUGACCAAGGACUAUGCCGAGUAUCUGGAAGUCUUCUUCAGACGAUCGCUGAACCUUACAGGGUCACCGAUAAAGUGGUACCCAAGGGCCAAAAGGAGAAGACAUUUCAUUCCGGAUCUGAGAAACCGUCGGUCGUCUUCACGAUAUAGCUCAAAGGAGCUGCUGUCGCUAUGA